AUGAACCAAAGUAUUCCAGGCAUUCAAGGAGGAGUUCCCCAGGCACCUGGUGGGGGUCCAGGACAGGGAAUGCAAGUACCAAUUUCGGGCCAAAAGUCGCCAGUUGCGAUCAACAUUGCCAACUUCUUGAGAGACCACCCCAUUCUUAAGCAAAGAACUGGUUUACUAAACAAUAAAGAAGAUAUCGAGUUUUUCAGAUUCAAAAGAUACAUCAGAGCAUUGACCAGUGAAGAAUAUAAGAAAAAGCAAAUCAAUACCAAGAAUGGAUUGCCGCCAAUUAAAGGUGAGCAAGAGGCUGCAAAGUUAUUCAUCAUGUUAAUUCAAAGUCAGAUGAUUAUCCCAGUAACCAAGUUACAUUAUCAAGAAAUUAAGCAAACGAAUAGAAGUUGGAAACCAAACAAGGCUAAACCAACAUUAGUCCCUUCAAAUAAGGCCAACUUGGAGCCAGAUUCGUACUUUGCGUGGACAUACACCAAACCAAAUCCAUUCAUGUUGCUCUACGGUGUGUUGACAAUUGUGGGGAUCUUCGCCGUGAUUUUGUUCCCAUUGUGGCCCAACUUUAUGAAGCGUGGUGUGUGGUACUUGUCUAUGGGAUGCUUGGGAUUAAUUGGGUUAUUCUUCGGUAUAGCAAUUAUACGUUUGAUAAUCUAUGUUGUCACAUUGGUUGCACUUCCAAGAGCUUUCUGGUUGUAUCCUAAUUUGUUUGAAGAUUGCGGUGUGCUUGAAAGUUUCCAACCAUUGUACGGAUGGGAAGAACCUAAAAAGACCAAGAAAGGUAAGAAGAAGGCAUCCGGUACACCAGCUGUUGCAGGCUCUGGUUCCGCUGGAUCUGCUACUACAUCUGGAAGUGAUGCACAAGGUGGUCUGGCUCCAGUGAAAAGAAAGGUCAUAUUAGAAGAAGUUGAAGAGUAG